AUGGCUUCCUACCUUGGCCGCGCAGCUCCCCGCGCCUUCAACGCCUCUCUCCGUGCCACCGCUCGCCCGGCGCUGCGCUCCUCCGUCAACGUGCAGCGCCCUGCCGCUCCCCUCUUCCGCCGCUUCCUGCAGGUGCCCGCCGAGCAGCCGCGCCUGCGCCUGGGCUCCCUCGCUCCCAACUUCACGGCCAAGACGACACAGGGCGAGAUCGACUUCCACAAAUGGAUCGGUGACAGCUGGGCGAUCCUGUUCUCGCACCCGGCCGACUUCACGCCCGUCUGCACGACGGAGCUGGGCGCCUUCGCCAAGCUCAAGCCUGAGUUCGAGAAGCGCAAUGUCAAGAUGAUCGGUCUUAGCGCCGACGACCUCAAGUCGCACGAGGACUGGGUCGGUGACAUCAACGAGCUCAGCAACACGCAGCUCAGCUUCCCCAUCAUUGCCGACGCCGACCGCAAGGUCUCCUUCCUCUACGACAUGGUCACCGAGGACGACAUGCGCGACAUCCCCACCAAGGGCCUUCCCUUCACCAUCCGCUCCGUCUUCGUCAUCGACCCGGCCAAGAAGAUCCGCCUCAUGAUGAUCUACCCGGCCUCGACCGGCCGCAACAGCGCCGAGGUCCUGCGCGUCAUCGACUCGCUGCAGCUCGGCGACAAGAAGGGCGUCGUCACCCCCAUCGACUGGAACCAGGGCGAGGAUGUCAUCGUGCCUCCCAGCGUCAGCACUGCCGACGCCCAGAAGAAGUUUGGUAAUGUCAGGGAGCUCAAGCCGUACCUGCGCUACACCAACGUUGGCAAAUAG